UGGUCCAUCUGGUGCAGGUGAGCAAAAUGCUUUGCCAUGACUGCGGUUAACUCAUUUUGAAUAGGUAAAACAACGCUGUUGAGUAUCUUGAGUGGUAGACAAGGACAUGGCAUGGCUGUUGAAGGCACUUUACAUGUGAAUGGAGUUGAUGCAUUAGAAAGGAAUAGAUUGUUAAUGACAAAGUGUGGUUAUGUUGAACAAUAUGAAUUAUUCAUCGGAACGAUGACUGUCAAGGAACAUUUGAUAUUUCAGGCCAUGCUACGUUUGAAAGCGUCAAUAAGUGAUUCUGAUCGUCGUGCACGUGUUGAAGAAGUAUUGUGGACAAUGGAUUUGGAGAAAUGUCAAAAUACUAUUAUUGGUGUGCCAGGCAAAUUAAAAGGUAUCAGUGGUGGUGAACUAAAACGUUUGACAUUUGCAAGUGUGAUAUUGAAUGAUCCCAAAUUAUUGAUUGUCGAUGAACCAACAUCUGGGCUUGAUUCACAUUUGGCAAAAUCAGUUGUAAACAUUAUGAAAAAGUUGACAGACGAAGGAAAAACGAUGAUCACUGUUAUUCAUCAACCAACAUUAGAGAUUUACUCCUCACUCGAUAUGAUUAGCUUAUUAGUCAAUGGAAAACAAGCCUACUUCGGUGACCGCACUGAUACAAUGGAAUUCUUUGCAUCAUCACUACAACGUCCAUGUCCACCUAAUUAUAAUCCUGCAGAAUAUUACUUAACACAGUUAUCCUCGAAUACAAAUAAUGGAUUUGUUGGAAAAUGCAUCGAAACAUUUCAGCAUUCAUCAUAUAACAAAUCGAUGAUCGAAACGAUCCAUCAUAUGAACAAAAUAUCAACACAAAAGAGCGCCACAGAUGAGGAACCAGUCGAAUUAGAUUUUGAAUCUGGCUUCCCCCGUCAAAUGAAAUGGCUGUUAUGGCGAGCUUUUAAAGCCGGUUCGCGUAACCCGGUGCAGACAACUGAUUUAUUACUCAAAUUAUUAUUUCCGGCGUUGACCAUUUCAAUUAUCUAUUUUCAAUCGGCAACGAUGGACACACCGCAAACUGUUCAAAAUUCAAACGCUAUUGUACAAGUUGUUUUGAUGAGUAUAUGUACAUCAAAUUCGUUUGUAGUUUUGGCAACGCUUCCAAAUGUCAUGCACGUUUUUAUUCGCGAACGUAAACGUUAUUUGUACAAUACACCUGCCUUCUAUAUCUCUAAACUUAUAGCCGAUUUUCCGUUUUUUAUGACGAUGCCAAUUUUAUUUAUAACAAUUGUCUACUGGUCUGUUGGAUUUGCGGCUACUUUCAAAUUAUAUUUCCUGUUUUGUUUUGUUGGCGUUCUCGCAACACUGGCGAGCGUUGCUUUUAAUCACAUUUUUGCAGCUAUAAUGCCUUCAGUAGACAGUGCUGUUUCAAUUGCAUUACCUUUUAUUGAAACUGCCAUGCUUUUUACAGGAUUUAUGAUUAAUAAUAGAUCGGUACCAGUUUAUUUCAAAUGGUUCCAGUAUUCAACGUGGUAUUAUUAUUCGUACAGUGCCAUACUACUUGGUAUAUGGAAGCCUGUUCAUAACAUGACUUUCUGCCAUUCAACCGACUAUUGUUUUCAAACCGGAGCACAGGUAUUAGACUUUUAUGCCAUACCAGACAAGUUAGGAUUUGACGUUACCAUGCUGGUGGUGUUGAUAGCAGCUUAUCAUGUAGCUACAUAUAUAUUGAUUCUUAUUAGACUGAAACGCUCUUAG